GUGUGUUUGUGUUUGUGUAAGCUUUUUGUGCGUCUUGUUCUUCUAGUUCAGGAAAGGGCACUCGUCUACAGUUCCAGCUCUUUGGUUCAGACUCUGAAACUUUUAUUUUCUUAUCUACUGCUUCAGGGACCGCACAAGGAAGGCAAGAGAGGAUGGACUACAGAGCAUGGAGAGUCUAUCAUAUCCCUUCUUCUCCAUUUCAAGCGGCUUCGCCUGUCCAAUACAGCCAUGAUGAUCUGUGCCCCACUUGGUGUCAGUGAAGCCUUUGGCCCAAGGCUGGUGUCAGUUACUACAGACACACCCCGUGGAUAACGGACCCCUUUUUGCAUUCACAUAAUCACAAAAAUUGGGGAUAAAAAAUGGAGAACAAGACAUCAGGAAUUAGCAAGGAUCUCCAUGUCAACUGCAGCAUGUCUGGACACCACAGUUUCAUCUUCAUCUUCAUCCCUGUGGUGUAUGGAUGUAACUUUGUCAUUGGGAUCAUUGGCAACAGCAUGGUGGUGGCGGUCAUCUACCGCUACAUGAAGUUGAAGACAGUAGCAAACGUGUUUGUGGUCAAUCUAGCUGUAUCAGACCUCACCUUCCUUAUAACGCUGCCAAUGUGGGCCACUUUCACGGCAACGGGCUACCAUUGGCCCUUUGGUGGCAUCCUAUGCAAAGCAAGUGCCGGUUUGGUCAUCUUCAACCUCUACACCAGUAUAUUUUUCCUCACAGCUCUUAGUAUUGACAGAUAUCUUGCUAUCGUACACCCGGUGCGUUCCAGACGCCAGCGCACCCUCCUUUAUGCUCGCCUCACUUGUGUAUUCAUUUGGGUCUUCGCUUUGCUUCUAAGUUUGCCCACGGCACUAAGCAGGGAUGUGUAUGACAUUGGAAACUCUACAGUGUGUGCUGUUUUUCACGGGAGUGAGCAGAUCAACUUGCUAGUUACCCUUAGCAUGCUAAAAAGUGUGUUAGGCUUCCUUGUGCCUUUCCUUGUCAUCAUAACAUGCUAUUGCAUCAUUGGUCGGACCUUGCUAGGAUCCCAAGGUCUGCUGAGGAAAAGUGUCCGCUAUCGGGAAGAGGAAACGCUACGGAUGCUAGCUGCUGCGGUGUUAGCUUUCUUUGUUUGCUGGGCACCUCACCAGGCUUUCCACUUCAUGGAGCUUCUGGCCAUGCUCGGUGUGAUGAAAAACUGCCAAACACUGGAUGUUAUUGACACAGCUAUGCCAUUUACAAUCUGCAUCUCAUACUUGAACAGUUGUGUCAACCCCAUUCUCUAUAGCUUUGUUGGACACAACUUCCGCAAGAACUUGCUGAGGUUGCUAGGCUGUGAGUCUGGUCCAACUAGUGGUCACCUUAGAAUUAGCUUAAAGAAUGUGCAAUCCCAUUGUACCUCUGGACUAAUUAACACAACAAGGACAACAUCUACUAUUAAGACAUAGCUAAAAGUCUCUAUUGAUCUCUAUGACGGGUUUAUUUUUUAAAAUAUGGUAUGGUCAGCAAAAUGCCCCCCACGGUAAGAUGGUGAAAGCCCCCCACCCCACAGUCAGACAGCAAAAUGCUUGAGGUGGACCUGUUCAUUAUUAAAGUCAUCAAGCGUCCCGUUUAUGCAUUGGCGUAGCCAAGGAUGGGCCACGGUAGGCCUGGGCUUACCCAAAUUAGACCCGGCCCACCCAGAAUAUUUGAGAUUAUUCUUUGACAUCAAAUAUAUAUUUAUAAAAUAGUUUUAAAAAUGCAUAAAUUCUGAUUUCUGAAAGUGUGAAAGACUUGUUUGAAUGUGCCACUUCUCUGUUGUUAAUGAAAAUUUGCUAAAAAAUUAAAUAACAUAUACAAAAUGGGUGAAAACUUGGCCUAUUCAUUUUUAUUGAGGCCCACCCAAAAUUAAUUUCCUGGCUACGCCCUUUCGUAUACGUGUGGCAAAAAUUUGACAACCCUACAAUAAGGCAAGGUACUACAAGAUGUUUUUUUUUUACUUUAGGUCCAUCAUGAGGUGCUAACACAUAUUGCAGUUGUAACACUGGAGGUCACAGAGUGGCUGUAUUGUUGGAUGCAAUGGGUUUUUCUGCAAUCUGAUCACAAAUGGGAUGCAUUGAUGGUAAAAAUAAACUGUAAUUUUUGUUUGACCUGUUUAAAUUAUGUCAGGGCUCUUGGGGGGCACUGAUACUUAAAAUGUAGCACUUACUUAUUUCGUUGCCAUAUUCUUGUGCACCAUCAAAACUGUCAGUGGCCAGCAAGAGGUUAGUUUUUCUCUCACAAGUAGAAAUUAUGGGGGUCCAAGCAGUUUGGAAAAGUGGAGAAAAUACCAAAAUUGCCAAAUUUAAAAGAACAUAUCUCUCAGGUGCAAAGUAAAUUCAUUACUAGUACUCUUGUUGUUUGUAGAUUCUCCCCCCCCCAAAAAAGAAACUCCUCCUAGACUGUUGGUCAGAUUCACACGAAAGUUUGCAUUUGUCAUCUAGAACCCUCAUGACAAAACUCCUCAAAUUCCUCAAAUUGUUUAUAAGAUAUAAGCCAAUUCUUUUAUUUUUUAUUUUAUUUUAUUUAUUUUUUUUGUCUGUGGCCCAAUGUGACGAAUGACACAUACUUUUGCAACAAUGCGUUUAUAAUUUUUUUUUUUUUUUAAACGCAUUUUACAUCAAAAUGCCAAUACACAAUGUUGUUGACAUUGGAACAUUGGGUACCAUUUGAUGCUGUGUGCCUUAAGUAAUCUAAAGAGACCAGUUUGUGGUUUUACGCCACACUAUUUAGAAGGUGUAAGCAAAAAUAUUAAUUUAGUCAUAUUAGUCAUAUUUCUUGACCAGUAGUUGCCACUGUGCCAAAUUCACUCAUGUACCCCUAUAGGGCAAGAUGGCUAUGAGAUAUACCAAGUUUUAUUUCAAUAUGCCAAAGAUAUAGCACCUUCGAUGCUUGGUCCCUAAUAAUGUCCAACAAUGGUCGUAAAAACAGAUAGUCCUGUCCCAAACUCACGCCAUUGCUGGAGAAAAUAAAUGACUUCUAGUUGCUGUAUCAUUGCUAAUCGCUGUGUGUGUGAGUGUGUGAACCCCCUUAAAGGAAUAGUUCACCCCAAAAAAUGAAAAUUCUCUCAUAAUUUCCCUUCAACCGCAUGUCGUUCCAAACCUGUUUGACGUUUCUUGUUAUGCGGAACACAAAGGACACUUUCAAAAGAACAUAUUUUCAAUACAAUGGCAGUUGAUAAUAACUUAGUUUAAAGCUUAAAAAGGACCCAAAAAUAUAAUUAAGAAGUCCAUGCUGCUUGUGCGUCAUAUUUCAAGUCUUCUGAACGCAUACAAUAAGUUUUGGUGAGAAAGUACCCUUACAAAAAAUCUAGUGUUGCCGCAAAUUUGCCACUAAUUAUUUUCACAUGCAAAUGAGCUUGCUAUUCGCCGCAAAUGUUUGCCAGAAGUUUGCAGCCCUUCACCGGUAGUGGUGAACCUGCUGCAAACCUUUGGCGACAAUUAAGAGUUUGCUGCAAAGCUCAUUUGCAUGUGAAAAUUAGUGAGUGCUGAAUUUGCGGCAAGUUUGCGCAACUCUAGAUUUUGUGUAUGUCAUGACUCAUGAACAUGUAACAGAAACUUUUCACUGAAAAAUGACUUAAAUUUCAGGUUGUUUCUCACCACAACCUAUCAUAUGCCUACUGAAGACUUGGAAUAUGACGCAUGAGCCACAUACUUUUUUGAUACUUUUGGGUCCUUUUUCAUUUUUAAAGUGAGUCACUAACUACCAUUGUAUUGAAAAGAAUUGAUGUACUGUAUCAGUGCCAUUACAUCUCCUUUUGUGUUCUGCAUAAGAAAAAAAAUUAAUACAGGUUUGGAACAGCAUAAAUGAUGACAUUACAUUUUUGGAUGAAUUAUUUUGUUAACUCAAACACUGAGCAUGGCAUAGCUUGGUACAAUAACCAAACCUCAUCAAUAAAAAGUAUUUUCAAUGUCAUUAUCUACUGCUUCCCCCAAAACAAUAUAUAACUGAACAAUAGACAACAGGAUUUUGCAACUCACCUUGACAAUUAUACAACAUACACUGAAUAAUCAUGGAACAUUUAUUUUUAUCAAGCAUUUAUUUUGUAUUGAAUUUGUUUUUGUAUUUUCUUUUUUAUCAUAAUUAUAUAUUUAUUAAUCAUAUCUUCUUUCAGAACAGAACAUAUUUAUUUUAGCAAUACAACACCAUCUUAAAACAGAAAACAGAAAAGAGCCUAGUCAUGUUAUCACCCAAGGGGUUCCCCUUUAAGUGACCUGGGAAUAUGACCAUAUCUAAUCCAGAUCAAAUCCCGGAACAGAGCCUCAAAUAGCUACUAUUGUGCAACAAGAAAGUCACAUUUUCUUGCAAAAAUGACAGUACUAGCUAUUUUCGGGCUGGUAAAAUCAGUUGUUGAUUUACAGAUUAGUCAGAAUAUAUAUAUAUAUAUAUAUAUAUAUAUAUAUAUAUAUAUAUAUAUAUAUAUAUAUAUAUAUAUAUAUAUAUCAUUUUCAUUCCAUUUACAAAUAGAUUUUCUGCAGUGCCAAUGUUGGUUUAGGACAAGAAUAAACAAGAAUCAACAGACCAUAUUAAACAUGAAACAACACUAAAAAAAACUGAAGGUAUUGCAUAUUGCCUUGGCUGUAAUCUGGGAGAUGCUGUGUAUAAUUAUCUUGCUUAAUCUCCUGUAGUAAUAUUUAGACCUUUUACUAAAACUUCAAUGUAAAUAUGUAGUGCAUUUUACAUUAUUUGAAUCUAGAUAUUGCAGUACAUCAGUAAUGCUUGAAGUUAAAUAAGAAUAUUUGUUUAAAAUACUUGAGAUUUAUCCUACAUUAGUUGUGCCUGUUCAGUGCAACUCUUUUACUUUCAGACUUUCUCUAGCAUAAGAAUUGUCAGCUGAUUACUGUAGUGUAAGAUAUUAACCACUUCUGUGAGAUAUGAAUGUGAAACACAUACACACUGAGCUUAAAAACUGACUUUAGAUUGCCUGCUGAAUGUUUCAUUCUUAAGUUUUGCAAAUUCAUUUCUGAAAGUUUUGUUUAUUUAUACAUUUUAAAGAAAAUACUUUUUUUUUUUCCUGUUUUUAUACAUAUACAGGUCAUGUAAAAAUGUGUAAAGAUCUCAUUUGAACUAAAUAGCAGUAAAUACAUGAUUAUCUUGUUUGCAUUUUGGUCUAAUGUUAAGAAAUAUUUAAAUAAAA